GGCAAAAAGCCAUUAUCGGACAUCCCUAAUUAUAACAAAUUCCAACAAAAAAAAUGCAGUAAAAAAAUCAUCAGAUGAGAAAUGAAAGAUCAUGGUAUCGAAUCAAUAUCGAUGCCCUUAGUAUCAACACUAUCGAUAGUUGAAUAGCUCCGCCCACCCAUAUUGUUGUUGUCUUCAAAUAAUGUAACUAGUUUUCUUCGUACAAGACACACGCGGAGUGAUAUCGAACUGUAUUGGACUUCCGAUGUCCGAAUGUAUGCGUUGUUCACACACGUGGUCUACCUGCUGAGGGUUGCCGUAGCGCGCAUGCGCCAGAGCGGACGUUCCAGGGCGGCACGACUUCCGUCAACAAGGCGCCGGGCGGCGACACGGAUGGACUCCAAACUCCCGCCAGAUCGUUGUGAACUAAAGCUCACUCGCACGACGCAACAGACGUGUCGAUGACGUCACCAAAGCCCUGUCGGGACGGCGCGACGAGACGCGGCCACACUCCCGGUUUCCCCCUCCGCGAGAAGGGGCGGGACCAGCUUCUUCCGGUGCUCACACCGCCCCCACCUUGGUUACCAUGGUAACAAGGCAGCCAGUUGAUGGGCAGGUGUGGACCCGGUGGAUGUAAAGGCGGAACGAUGACGGUACUCAGUCAGGUGCUUGCUCAGGCCACGUCACGUCCACUCCGCUUCCCCUCUGCCUCUCUGGCCCAUCCAGGUCGCCCCCUGUAGACAUGUCCAAGAGGUUGAUCCAGAACCUCGCCAAGGCCAUCUCCAAAAAUGUGGACCACUUCAACAAAACGGAGGUGGAGUGCCUCAUUCGGGAGUUCCACUCCUUGCUGGGCCAGCCCAACAGCGCCGGGAAAAGCGACAACUUGGACGAAAGAAAGUUCAAAGGCAUUCUGAAGAACGACUUUGGACUCAUCAACGACACCAUCAUGGAGAGAGUCUUCAGGUCAUUUGACAAAGACAAUGACGGCUGUAUCAACGUCAAAGAGUGGGUGGAGGGCCUGUGCGUCUUCCUCCGUGGGUCCUUGGAUGAGAAAAUCAAAUACUGCUUCCGUGUGUACGACCUGAGCGGCGACGAACACAUCUCCAGAGAGGAGAUGCUGCUGAUGACCAGGAACUGCCUGCGACUGCAUGGAGAGGAGGACCCCUUUGACGGGAUCAAAGACCUGGUGGAGAUCACACUCAAGAGGAUGAAUCAAGCCUUGGAGUUGUCCAGCACUCAUGGACCUCCAGUGUUCCUCAGCUGGACUCUCAACCGAAGCUCCUCCUCCAGCGGUGACGCCCAUCGUGUGGAGAUCUGCAGGCAUCUGGGAGAGAAGCUGGGCCUGCGGGAUGGAGAAGAAGGCUUCUUGAGACCAUGUCAGCAGGUCUCGUCAGUACAUCAAGUCUUUGUGGAGCCUCUGUCGUCGGAUGACUGGGAGAUCUUGGAGCUCCACAGCGGCGCGCUCGAGGAGCAUCUUUUGGAUCAGAUUAGAGUCGUUUUCCAACGUGCCGUCUUCCCCGUAUGGGUGGACAACCACACAGUCAUCUUCAUCCAGAUAGUGUCCUUGUCGCCGUCUGUGCCUUUUGGUCGCCUGGAGCCCUUCACAGAGCUCAUCGUGUCCCCAAAGAACCACACCGCUCGCCCCGAGGGUUCCUCUCAGCCUCCUCACGGCGUGUCAGAACCGCCGUCCCAAACUGUGUCCAUCUCUGUGCCUCAGAGUCAGCAGUGGGGCCUAAAAAGUCUGUUUGGUUACAUGACAAAGGGCGCAUGUGACCCAAUCAAGGAGCUCCCCUCUGUACCGGAUGUCCCCGCCCUCCUCCAGGACUCGCGCUACAGAGUAUGCGGUGCACCUCCCCUGUCUCUCGGCGCCGCGAGUCACGUCGCUCCAGGCGUGCUCCACGUCUUACCUUGGGGCCACGGAUCGGAUGCCAGCCUCACUGGAGGUCUGCCCGCAGUGACCUUUGGCCUGCUCUCCAGGGUGGCUUCCCCCAGGGAGGCCAAGGAGAGAGCCAAGUCGGCCGCGGUGAAACAGAAGGAUGGAGCUGGCGAGGAGGUGAAAGAGGAAGCCACGGUGGUUCGUUUGAUAUGCCAUGAUGUGGACGAGCUGGCAGAGGAGCAAAGAAGGCCCAGCAAGGGAAUGAUCCACUGCGGGAAAGUCUGGAUCCCACCACCUUUGACCACCAGACUUAACAUCUCGCCACACUCCACCGUGAGAAUUAGGCCGGUAAAAUCGACAGUGAAAGUUGCAUCCUCCAUUCGCCUCCAGCCUCUAAAUCAACUGAAGGAAGAGGACGAAGUGGAUGAGAUCCAGACCGCCUUCCUCGGCUGGCUGCACACUCAAAGUCACCAACCUUUGGCCUGUCUGACGCCGCGCUCCGGCUCCGUCCUCCUUCACGGCACCGACGUCAAGUUAGAGUUUACUGUGACGGUGCUGAAACCAGAACCAGAGAGCGACCCAGCAGACCAGCUGUUUCUGCUCGCGCCGUCCGUUUUGCAGAAGAAGCACAUACAAGUCGUCAGAGAGGCUGCCAUCACAUCAUCUGCCAACGAUGUACCUGACCCAGCAAAGCAAGAACUUCCCUCGUUAGAGACGCUGGGUGGCGUUGACGAGGUGAGCAGGAGAAGCUUUGAGUUCAUCGCUCACAGCCUGCUCGCUUCUCCGUUGGCCAGAGAGCUUGGAGUGAUGGCACAAGGCCUCAGAGGAGGAGCGCUGCUCAUCACCGGCGCUAAGGGCAGUGGAAAGAGCGCACUCUCUCGCGCCCUCUGCAGGAGAGCAGCGGAUGAGCUGGAUGCACACGUGGAAGUGUUGGAGUGUAAAACGUUGCAAGGAAAAAGGGCAGAGACGGUGCGACAGACACUGCAGGACGUUUUCAGGCAUGCACAAUGGCAGCAGCCCUCCGUGGUCCUACUGGAUGACCUGGAUCACGUCACGCCGGCGCCCUCUACGCCCGAGCACGAUCAAGGCCCAGAGGCGCUGCUUCACCUGCACAUCGCACAAAGUUUGAUGGACAUCGUGGACCAACUAAUAGACGACAACAGUCUGACAUGUUUGAUCGUCACCAGCCUGAGUCAGCAAUCCUUACACAACAAACUCACCUGCGUGGAAGGAACACACUUCUUCCAGGGAUUCACACACAUACAACCACCUGACCAGGAUCAGAGAGCGGACAUCUUGCGUCGUCUGAUCCAAACAAGGUGUCCUCAAAGCUCUGUGACCUUUGACCUGGAGGCUGUGGCCAAGAAGAUGGAGGGAUACCUUCCUCAGGAUGUGGCGGUGCUGUUGGAGAGAGCUGUCCAUGCCAACACUGCGCGAGGCGGACGCCAUCACGCCGGGGUGUGUUUGUCCCUGCAGGACUUUGAGCAGGCUCUUGAGGGCUUCACACCUCCCUCCCUCUGGGGAGUGGACCUCCAUACUCCUAGUGGGCCCGGGCUGGAUGGGGUGGGAGGACUGACGGAGGUGCGACAGCAGCUCAUGGACACCAUCAUGUUACCUGCAAAGUAUCCCGUCCUGUUCGCCAACCUCCCUAUUCGCCAUCGCUCAGGCAUCCUCCUCUACGGCGCGCCAGGCACCGGCAAAACCCUACUGGCCCGAGCCGUGGCCAAAGACAGCGGCAUGAACUUCAUCGCCAUCAAGGGACCAGAACUCCUGAGCAAGUACAUCGGAGCGAGUGAGCAGGGGGUCCGGGAUGUCUUUCAGAGGGCUCUGGCAGCCAAACCUUGCAUCCUCUUCUUUGACGAGUUUGACUCUCUGGCGCCCAGGAGGGGUCACGACAGCACGGGCGUGACGGACCGCGUUGUCAAUCAGCUGCUGACUCAGCUGGACGGCGCCGAGGGCCUAAAAGGCGUUUACGUCCUCGCUGCCACCAGCCGACCGGACCUCAUCGACCCGGCUCUGCUGCGACCCGGACGCCUGGACAAGUCACUGUACUGCCCCUUGCCUGGACGGGAAGACCGCCUGGCCAUCCUGAAGGUUCUGAGCGCAGGUGUCCUCAUGGCGCCCGACGUGGACCUGGAGGAGCUGGCGGCGCGGACCGGAGGCUUCACUGGGGCCGACCUGAAAGCACUGCUGUACAACGCCCAGCUGGAGGCGCUAAACGGCAGUCUGGAAGCUGACGCUGCAACACAUGAAGGGCUGACAUGCAACAUGAGUCUCUCCUCCAUGACGUUUCCCAACCACAGCAGCAGUUCCGACGACCCGGUGGACGAGGGGCACGCUCCAGCGAGCCCGGAACCUUCCAAAGAACAACAUGGCGGCAAUCUGUGGAGACUCUACUUUGGAAGCCCCCUUGAAUCCGAGUGUGGGAAUUCAGCAGCAGCAGAUGUGUGCGUCUCGCAGUCCGACUCCCUGACCCUCGACCCCUCGACCCGCGCGCCCUCUCUGCUCCCCCUCACCAUGUCCUCCCUCCGUAGCGGCUUGGAGGAGCUGACUGAUGAGCAUCUUCAGCGCCUCCAGGAGGACAUCAGUCACAUCAAGAGCAACUAUUGCAAAGAAAAGGGGGAGCGGGUGUGUGUCCAGUCGGCCUCCAGACAGCCGGGCAUCCUGCUACGUCCAGCGCACCUGCACGCCGCCCUGGACGUCACCAGGCCGUCCCUCAGCGACGACGAGUGGCGCAGACACGCAGCACUGUAUGAAGCCUUCAGAGGUUCGGCAGCUCCAACAUUCCGACCUGGACAACGCGUGACGCUCGCCUGAUGGUGACGUAACAAAACACUGUGACUUAUUUAAUUACUGGACAAUAUUUGUCACUGUCGUUUAGAAUGUAAAGAAUAUUUCAAAUCUAAGUUAAAUUUGGUGUACUUUUUGUAUUGGCCGUAAAGAAGAAAGGAGCUGGCAGCCUUUAGUCUUUCAACCUUUAAUGUAAACAGCAGUUGUGGGGAAAAAUGUUUAAAUAGGAAGGCAGAGGGAGGGCAAGUGACUGUGGGGGUAAAUACUGCGUAUAUA